CAUAAAAUCCGUUUGCCCGGCUGCGAGGUUUCGCUCUCUCGCAGACGGACAGCACGGCAGCCUCUGUUGGACCAAUUAACGGGCCCGUCUGUGCGCUGCCCCGCUGAGCGUGUUUUCCUGGACGGCCUCUGCUCUCUGUGCCAGGACAGACAGACAGACAGACAGCAGCAAAAACACUCCAGGACAGGAACGAACAAGUUUUUGCAAUGGGUUCGUUUUGGGCUUUAGUCUGCUCCACGGUGUCGCUCUUGGUUUUACUGAGCUCAGCAUCCAGGGAUGAGAGCAACUAUGAGCAACGUGAGAUCACUUUUGACCUUCACCAAAAAGAGAUGGGCGCACCAGAUAUGAUGCAGAGAGAGAUUGACUGGACAGAACUCUUAGGUCCCAUAGAGCAGAGAAUGGUGGAUCCACCAGAACAGUUUGAUACCCUUAGUGAGAGAGGGGGUGCCAAACCAGGAGUUUUGACACCAAGAGGACAGCAACCAGGUAUUGGGCCCCGCUCUUUUGGUAGCCCUGUCGCGCUGGACUUUCCUGUUCAGUUUCCCCUCAGCCGUCCAACCUCCGACAAUCUCCAAGCCAUCUGUCUCCAUGGAGACCGUCGCCCUCGCUACCCAGACUCGUACUUUCCUGCCUCUGGUUUUGGCAAGCAGAGGCGAAAGGCCACCGCCGUCAAUAACGCUGAGUCCUGGUUUAGCACAUGCUGCAAAGGGAACCAGACAUGGGGGAGGGAAGUGACGCUGUGUUGCGCCACACAGGCGUGGGAGCUGUCAGUUAAAUCGUUCUGUGAGGACGACUCAUCAGUAAAGGAUCGUCAGGAACGCUGCUGCAGACUAACAGACAGCGACAGGCUAAGCUGCUUCGACAGAGAAGCACCAAACCCGAACUAUGAACCAACAGAAGAGAUCCCGAUGCCACCGCUCCUCUCUGCUGCCAACUUCAACUUUGACCCCAAAACUUGCCAGAGGACAGUGCUGACUCCAUACCGUGCCAGAGGAAACAGAGGAAGGAAGACUAAGAAAAUACCUCCCUCCCAGAAAGUUGACAUCAACUUUCCUCCUGGACGACCCACUGCAGAUACCAUUGAUUCACUGUGUCACAGCCAGAGCCUACGCCCCCUCUAUAAUGUCAAGUGCCUGUCAGGCUAUGAGUUGCUGGCUCGUCAGGCAAAAACCAUUAAUCGUAUGGAGAAGGGAUUCAAACAGUGCUGCAAAAAGAAGCAAGGUGCGCUCAACUGUGCUGAUCAGAAGUGGACCGAGGAGCUCAACAAGUUUUGCUUGGAUACGAACGGUGGACAGGUGGAUUUCCACUGUUGUGCGGGUGAUGGGGAAAAUGAUCGGUACAACUGCUUCCAAAACAUUUCUCCUGACCCUCAUUAUAAUUUGACCUCUGCCACUGAAGAGUUCUCACUUAACAAAAUCUGUGACACUCACAAGAUGAUCAAGAAGAGGUUUCCUGUUGGGUUCCCCCUCAAAAGCUUUGUUGGUAAAUGCUGCCCCCUGUCUGAAGCAGACAAGACCAUUUGUGCUGCACAAAAGCUCGAGGAAAUGUCAGCAACCCUGUGUCCAUCAGGGAAAGCCACUCCUGCAGCUGUCCGCCGUUGUUGCCGUGGGUCUUCACAAGAGGUUCCACAGUGUAUCUCCAAAAUUCUCAUGGACGCCAUCACCAAAGCGACCAAUGCCUUACGUCAGAAGAAGAAGAAAAGGUGCCCAAUCUCCUAAGCCCUCAUGACCUUUUGCUGCUGACCCUACUGGCACCGGGGCAUUCAGGGAAAUGGUAAGCAGCAGAGGUUGCCUCCAGUCACUUAACAGAAAAAAAAUUCCUGUAGCACAAAUCCCACUCCGAGGUCUGCAAGAUGAAAAGAAUAUACAAAAUGUGGACCAAAUUCUAGCUUCAUCUACUGCAUAUUUUUGAUUUUGAGAUCACAUGAGAAGCAUUGCUGUCAUGAGAGUGCAUUCAUAAAUGAGCAAAUGUAUUGUUAAAUGCAUAGUUUAUUAAACAAACUGUUGUUUGUGUCACCUUACCACUAUUUUUAUAGGCUGCUUUUUACGUAUUUGAUUUUGAAUUAUUUGCAUUUUCUUUAUUCUUUUGGAACUGCAAGAUCAGUUCUGUUCUUUUUGUAUGGGUUUGUGGUUAAGAUCAUAUCUACAACAAUUCUAAUAAAAACAUUUUUGAAAUGUA